GGCAGCGGGAGGAGGCGACCGGUGCGGACCCCGGGGCUCUUGGCGGAGCCCCGGCCCGCCUCACCAUGGCCCGGAGACCCCGGCACAGCAUAUACAGUAGCGAUGAGGAUGAUGAAGACAUUGAGAUGUGUGACCAUGACUAUGAUGGGCUCCUUCCCAAGUCUGGAAAGCGUCACUUGGGGAAAACUAGGUGGACAAGGGAAGAGGAUGAAAAGCUGAAGAAGCUAGUGGAACAAAAUGGAACAGAUGACUGGAAGGUGAUUGCCAAUUACCUGCCGAACCGGACGGAUGUGCAGUGCCAACACCGAUGGCAGAAAGUGCUAAACCCUGAACUUAUCAAGGGUCCCUGGACCAAAGAAGAAGAUCAGAGAGUGAUAGAGCUUGUACAGAAAUACGGUCCGAAACGUUGGUCUGUUAUUGCCAAGCACUUAAAAGGGAGAAUUGGAAAACAAUGUAGGGAGAGGUGGCAUAACCACUUGAACCCAGAAGUUAAGAAAACCUCGUGGACAGAAGAGGAAGACAGGAUUAUUUACCAGGCACACAAGAGGCUGGGGAACAGAUGGGCGGAAAUCGCAAAGCUACUGCCUGGACGGACUGAUAAUGCUAUCAAGAACCACUGGAAUUCCACCAUGCGUCGCAAGGUGGAACAGGAAGGCUACCUGCAGGAGCCCUCGAAAGCCAGCCAGACGCCGGUGGCCACCAGCUUUCAGAAGAACAAUCAUUUGAUGGGUUUUGCUCAUGCCACAAGUUCAUCUCAGCUCUCUCCAACGGGCCAGCCCUCAGUUACCAGCGACUAUCCCUAUUACCACAUUUCCGAAGCACAAAAUCUCUCCGGCCACGUCCCAUACCCUGUAGCACUGCAUGUAAACAUCGUCAAUGUCCCUCAGCCAGCUGCUGCAGCCAUCCAGAGACACUAUAACGAUGAAGAUCCCGAGAAAGAGAAGCGGAUAAAGGAACUAGAGCUGCUCCUGAUGUCGACGGAGAAUGAGCUGAAAGGACAGCAGGCACCGCCAAACCAUACUUGCAGCUAUCCAGGGUGGCACAGCACCUCCAUUGUGGACCAGGCCAGACCUCAUGGAGACAGUGCACCUGUUUCCUGUUUGGGAGAAGCCCACGCCACUCCUUCUCUGCCUGCAGAUCCUGGCUCCCUCCCUGAGGAAAGCGCCUCGCCAGCAAGGUGCAUGAUCCUGCACCAGGGAACCAUUCUGGACAAUGUUAAGAACCUCUUAGAAUUUGCAGAAACACUCCAAUUUAUAGAUUCUGAGUCUUCAUGGUGUGAUCUCAGCAGUUGUGAAUUCCCUGAAGAAGCGGCAGCUUUUUCACCUAGCCAGCAGCACACAGGCAAAGCCUUCCAGCUUCAGCAAAGAGAGGGCCGCGGGACUAGACCUGCGGGAGAGCCCGUGAGGGUGAACAGACUGCUGAGCGAGGCUUCCCUCGGCCCAGCCAAAGCCUCACCUCCGAGGAGGCACAGCAUGGUUCCGCUGGUCAUCCUUCGGCGGGGCCAGGCCAGCCCCUUAGCCACGGGAGACUCUAGCUCCUUCCUCUUUGCUGACAUCAGCAGCUCAACUCCCAAGCGGUCCCCUGUCAAAAGCCUACCCUUCUCUCCCUCGCAGUUUUUGAACACUUCCAGCAACCAUGAGAACUCGGGCUUAGAUCCGCCGACUUUAACCUCCACUCCUCUCGGCGGUCACAAACUCACACCGAGUCACAGAGACCAGUCUGGGAAAACCCAGAAGGAGAAUUCCAACUUUAGAACUCCAGCUAUCAAGAGGUCAAUCCUCGAAAGCUCUCCAAGAACUCCCACACCAUUCAAGCACGCGCUCACAGCUCAAGAAAUUAAAUACGGUCCCCUGAAGAUGCUACCUCAGACACCCUCUCACUUAGUUGAAGACCUACAGGAUGUGAUCAAGCAGGAAUCCGAUGAAUCUGGAAUGGUUGCUGAGUUUCAAGAGAAUGGUCCGCCAUUACUGAAGAAAAUCAAACAAGAGGUGGAAUCGCCAACCGAUAAAGCUGGAAAUUUCUUCUGCUCAAACCACUGGGAAGGGAACAGCCUGAGCACCCAGCUGUUCGCUCAGGCAUCUCCUGUGGCAGAUGCCCCAAAUAUUCUUACCAGCUCUGUUUUAAUGACACCAGUAUCAGAAGAUGAAGACAACGUUCUCAAAGCCUUCACAGUCCCUAAAAACAGGCCCCUAGUGGGUCCCUUGCAGCCCUGCAGCAGCGCCUGGGAACCAGCAUCCUGUGGGAAGACGGAGGAUCAGAUGGCAGCCUCCGGGCAGACUCGAAAAUACGUGAACGCAUUCUCAGCUCAGACUCUGGUCAUGUGAGACAUCUCCAGAAAAGCAUUAUGGUUUUCAGAACACUUAAAAUUGACUUUUGACAUAUCAUUCCUCAACGUGGAGCUCUUCCUGGUUGAGAGAAGAAUAUUUUUGUUGUGGUACAACAGUUCAGAGCAGCACCAGGUGCGCUGUAGUUGCAUGAAAUCUCCCCGGAUUUCACCCAACUAAAAAGGAUUUUUUUAAAAAAAAAUUAAUGAAUAACAGUCUUACCUAAAUUAUUAGGUAAUGAAUUGUAACCAUUUGUUAAUAUCAGAAUCAGAUUUUUAAAGAAAUAUAUAAAAUGGUUUAUUUGUAUUUUAGAGGAUCCAACAGAUCAGUAUUUUUUUGACUGUGGUUUUGAAUUUUUUUUAAAAAAAAAUGUACACAAAGAAAUAUCCCAGUAUUUCAUGUUGCUCAAUCGUUAAACAUACACAUUGAUAUUUUUAUAAUCCAGUAAAAGCAUUAUUAUGAAUGUUGGCUGAAUGGCAAGCGAUAGUCAACGGAGCCUAAAAGAGCUCAUUUAUGGUUGGUAAUGUUGGAAAUGCAUUCAUUGUACUAAAUCAUUUCAGGAGGGUUUUUUUUUUGUUGUUAGCUUGCUUUAAAAAUUAUUACUGUAUGAAAUAGUUUUAUAAAAAAUAUAUUUUUAUUCAGUAACUUAAUUUUGUAAAUGCCAAAUGAACGCUGCUAUGGAGUUAGCCUGUAGACAUGCUGCUAGAGUCAGACAGGGCGGUAGAGCUUGGAUGAAAAGAAAAGAACGUUGGUGUUAGAUAAUUGACUAUGCACUAGUAUUUCAGACAGUUUUAUUUUUAUAUGUAUGCCUUUUUUUUCUUUUGUAAUUGAAAACUUAUUUGGGAGAUUUUUGCAUUUGUUGUACAUUUUCAGUUUUUUUUAGGAAAGUCUUUGUUGUUAUUGUUGGUUUAUAAAAGCAUGCAUUGCACUUCUUUUUUUUGGGAGAUUUAUGUUGUUCAUGUCAUGUGUUUUGUUUUUAAGUUCAGGCUUACUGUUCAUUCACUCAGGCAUUCUGAGUCUGUCUGCAUUUCCCGUAGUCUUUGAGUAUGUGGACCCAGAACUGCCUCAUGGUUCCUGUGCUUUCGGGGAAGACAAAUACGGAAGUCAGUAGCCAGUUCUGCCUUGAGAACAUUUGCUGCAGGGGGCUGGCCCUGAACUUCUGAAAUGACAGUGAACUUACUGCCUGGUAGCAAAAUAAAGCUGUGCCCUUAUUUUACAUA